CCCUUCCCGGCUUCCCGGCAGCUCCUGCGCCGUCGUCCUGGUAACGAGCUGCGCGGGCCGGAAGCGCGGGCCCGAGCACCGGGAAGAAGGGCCCGGAAGCCCUGGGGCAGGACGCAGGGGCUGCUUCAUCACCCAUCUCCACGCCUUUGCCCAGCUUGGCCCUUCCUGGGUCGCCAUGGGCCCCAGCAACCUGCACACCCAGCUGCAGUUCAACAGGAAUGUGCCUUCACUGCCUGACAACCUGGGCAUCAGGUACUCGGGCCCACGCCCCAUCAUCAUUGAGAAGCUGAGGCCCCCAGACAAAGCCAGCGACCCUGGGCUUCUGGAAGGGCCCGACCACCGGGCCUCGAUCCCCUUUUCAUUUGUAUCUGAAGAAAAGCUCAGCCUGGCUGUCCACUUGGCUAAAAGAGAUGUCAAGAGAAAACAGCUGCAAGAGCUGGUGGUGGGGCAGGGCCCCCCAAAGGGCAGCCGGAGCAGGACUGAGCCGGCGGAGAAACCUCGUGGCCCCCUCCCAGGCAGGCAACGCACCUCUCAGGUGGAGACAGCUGGCACCAGGGCCAAAGUCUACCUCUCUCCGGACCCUGGGUGCAGUUCUCUGCCCACGAGGGACCCGGGCCCUCAGCUCUGUGCCCCAAAAGUAGCGCACUCUCAGAGCGUGCUCGAGCUCCGGCGGCUGCAGAAAGAGAUGAGCACCUGUCUGCAGAGGAUCGAAGGGAUGGCCACCAAAGAAAGACUGGAGGAAGGCCUGGAUCCGGAUGAGGCUGAGCGAAGUCGCGUGCGGAGUCAGGAGCAGGCCGUCCGCACAGCCCGCACACUCUACACGCUCCAGCAGCAGGUGAAAGAAAUCCAGGAGGAGCUAGAUAAGUUGAGUCCACACAGAAUCAAGCACACUCAGAAGUCCAGGGCGAUGUCUCGAUUGGCGGCCGCCCAGCGGGGAGCCAUCCGUGCUUUACAGCUGUUUGUCAGUCAGUUCGCAGACUCGAUGGAGCAGGCGGUUUCUGAGCGUUACAGAGAGCUGGGCAGUCUCAUUCGGCAGCUUUCCAUUUGCUCUGCCAGACUGGACACAGAUCCUUCUGUCCCAGUUGUGGUCCUUGAUCUCCUGCAGCAGAUCGAGGAGCUUGAUUCCCUCCUGGAAAGGAAACAGUCACUUGGAAAGGUAAAGAAGCGCUUCCCUGGAGUUCGAAGCCAGUCUCCAUUGAGUUUCCCAAUGGCCUCGGAGAGGUCCCUUAGCACAUCACGAGUGAGGGAGAGGAAGCGCCUGGUGGCAAAAGAGAGACUUCCCCAGGAAGGGAGGCGGCCUACUGUGAGAAAGCUCCUCGAGGAUGAGUGCCCAUCUUUUGCAUCGAGUCCUCUGCACCAGAUGUUGGGCCAGCCCAGAGAGGACCUCGCCUCCGACCAGAAUGCUGCUUUCAAAAUGGGGCUGGCCUCGACGAAAGGAGAAGCCGUGAAAAAGUGGCUGCCCGCCACUGCCGGGACCCUCCGAAGGCGAGGAGCUGAGACAGCUGCGAAGUCAGAGCAAGGCCUCCGUAAAGCGGAAAGGCUGAGACCCCGCCAGGCACAGGCCAAGGACCGCAGGUUCCAAAGGACGACUGUGUCAUUCCGAUUGAAGAGGAACCAGCCCCCUGUGAAGGAGCGCUGCGCACCGUGGACCCCUCCCAACCCCACCUCCCCACCAGCCUCCCCUAAAUGUGUUGCUUGGGGAAAGGGGAGUGCCAGCCCCAAAGAUGCCAAAAGGGAACCGUCUCUCCAGCAGGAGGCGAUCGGGGAGGAAGGGAACCGCGCAGACCCCGUGGAGCAUGAGGCCCUCAGGGAGCUGGCCUGGCACCAUCCAAAGACCAGGGUAGGGGGGCCCCAGCCCCAAAGGAGGGGAAAGCAAAGGAGCCACCUUCAGACGCCCCUGGUACCCUCGCUGCAGAUGAAGAAUGGGGGAGCUGGGCAUGGGAAGCUCCCUAGGAACCCCCACGGCUCCACGGGGUAUUGGUGGAGGUCACAGCUGGCUUUCUCCUUGGGGGCCCUCGGGCUUGCCUGGCUAGAUGCUGAGAGUGCCCGGAGGCUGAAGGAGCUGGCCGAGCUGAAAGCCCAAGAGCUGGCCGACAUCCAGAGGCUCAGCACGUCUACCGCCAAGCUGGCAGACAAGGUAGAGAAGGCAGUCCUGGAGCGUCUGAAGCCCCUUUUGGACCAAGUGAAGGAAGCUGAUGCACCUCUGAGGGAGCAUUCCUCUGUACACAGAGCCAUGGCCCAGGCUCCAGAGAAGACCUUACCCAGAAGGGAGCUCCCUGACUCUGCCCUAGGCUCACAGCCUGAGGCUGAGGGCUUCCAGGAGGAGGAGGACGGCCCCCAUCUUUGGACCAUGAUGCAGCGCAUGGAGGAGAUGGAACAAUACCAGGAGGCCGUCCGGCAGAGAUUCAGUCAGAUGGUCUACACUGAUCUCGAUUUCGGGACCGCACAGGGGAGAAGCAACAGAGAAGGCCCAGCAGUAGAUGAAAGGCCAAGGCCGCCUCACCCCUUCCAGCUCACCAAGGGAGCAGCCAGCAGAGAGCCCAAAGUCAACAUUUUGCUUGAAAAACCUCUGGAUGAGAAGUAUUUUGAUGAAACUACAGACAUGGAGGAAAGAGGGGAGAAAAGGGCCCCCUCUUCGGCCUGUGUCUUCAGCAGCCCUUCAGCAGCCAGAGGGCAGCAUCCCCCUUCCAUGCCUCAGGAGAUGCUCCGGAACCUUGGUGAUUACCAGGACAGCUACCAGCAGUACCUCCGGAUAAUCUCUCACGAAUCCAUUGGCACCUUCAACCCGUGGAUUAUAGUGGAGAGCCUGGCAGAAGAGCUUGUCGAGGAGGCCCUGGAGGAUGUGGCGGCCGAGCUGCAGGAUGUGUGUGAGGAUUAUGCCGAGGCCGUGUUCACGUCCGAGUUCCUAGAGCCCUCAAAGUGAAAGCCAGACCUGCCAGGAACAUUCCUCACAAACCUUCCCUCUGUCUGUUGCCCCUUGAAAUGAAGCCUGGCAGUGCCUGCCGCCUCUGCACACGGCAUCUUGCUGGUCAUGUCUGGUCACCUUGUAAUGGGGGAGGGGCAAGAGCAGAGAGGACAAGCCAGCCCACCUCUUCUCUGAGCAUUGGGCAAAAAGAGAGGGGCCCUGGCCAGGCGGCAUCAGUCUUUGGGGGGCAGGCCCAGGGGAGCUUGUCCUCAGCCCAUGCAGUGACCGUCUGACUUGUGAGGAGGGUCUCACCACUCUUGGGCCAGCUGGGGAUCCUAGAAUACUGAGUCACCCAUAGAAGAGGGCCAGGCUGGGCAGCAGGCCCAACCCCUGGAGAUGAUGUGCAGUGGGGCUGUGCCUUAAGGUGGUGGUGGGGGGUGGGGUCAGCUUGGACCCCCAGGGUGGGGGCCAGAGUGGAGCACUUGCUGGGAUGGGCUUGGUGGGGCUUUACCCCAGAACCUCCCGGGCCUUUCUCCUGGGGUGGGGGGCGGGGGCGGCACACGGUGUAGCCUCCCCUUUGGAGGAGAUUUCAGGGCGGAGGAGUUGGUGUGGCCAUUUUUUAAGGGCUGGUGAUUGUCUGGUUGCUGGCUUGUUUUUUAAAUAAAGUCUUGUUUU